AUGUCAACAUCAGAGAACACAACAAUUGCUAUCGUUCAUGAAGCCAUAAAUGAAGAAUACGAAUACAUACAGUAUAACAAACAAUUGAGACUCAUUCGUUCGGUCAAAGACGAUAUGUACCAGAUGCAAAGUAUAAUGAACGCUCUUCGUUCUACAAAGCAAGCAUAUCAUUGGUUUGAAAACCAACAGACAAAAGAACUUUUAGAAGAGUUUCCUCAUAUGAUUGCUUCCCUCGGAAAACUGAGAGAAGAGAUUCCGUAUGAAAAUCGCAAGAAUUUGGCUCCUGGUUUGAAAGGUUAUUAUGUUCAUAGACUUUUAGUAAAUGCUGUAGCAAUGUGGGCUUCACCUCGUUAUGCUUGUUAUAUUUUCAUGAUGUUAGAUGAACUAUAUAAAGCAGAACGUGGAGAGGUGGAAAAGAAACUUCAAGCAAAAGAUGAAGUCAUUGAAUCCAAAGACAAAAGCAUACAGAAAAGAAUACCGCGUUCGGUACCAAAAGGAAAGGAAAAGAGUUAUAAGUAUAUGAUAUAUACUGAAGAGUUGGAGAAAGAAGAAGAUAAAGAUAUG